CAUGGGCCGGACCUACAAGUCUAGCCCAAGCCUCCACAAACCCAACAUGAGGAGCCAUGGAAUAUGAUUGACGCUUACGCAUUGAAAUCACUGGAAGAUGCUGUCAAAGCUGACAUUAUCAUCUCCAACACUGCAUUUGAACUUGAGCCCUCCACAAUCACUGCACUGCAACAACAUAAGCCAUUCUACGCGAUCGGCCCGGUUUCCCGAUACGGCUUACCCGAGGCUGCCACCACUGUUCCGACUAACUUUCGGCCUGAGUCGGCCGCUUGCCUCCCCUGGCUUGACGCCCGGCCCGAGAACUCGGUCCUCUACGUCUCCUUCUGGAGUGUGGUCGAAGUUUGGAAAGUUGGGAUCGAUCUUUGUGGAGGAAAGGCGGUCGGGAGCGAAGAAGUUCGAGAGAAAACGAAUCGGCUCAUGAGUCGGGAGGGACUGGGAGAGAAGAUCGAAACAACAAAGGAGAUACUCCAAAGAGCUGUAUCUGCAAAUGGGUCUUCACAGAAGCAUUUGGAGACACUCAUGCAUGAGGUCAAGCUUAGGACUCAGCAGAAACACAACUUUCUUGAGAAGGCAAGAGAGAAUUGCAGAGCUUGGAAAAAACGGCCGGAGACAGAGAGAAUUGAAGAAGAUGAAGCAGAGCAGCAGCGGCGCCGCCGUUCAUGUGGUGAUGGUUCCAACGCCAUUUCAAGGCCACUUGACCCCUUUCGUCCACCUCGCACUCAAACUCACUUCUCGCGGCUUCACCGUCACCUUCCUCAACACCCAAGCCACCCACGCCAAGUUGAUCCGCUCGCCCCUGCCGCCGGAGAAUCCGCGUCGGACAUAUUCUCCGACGCCCGGAGUCGCUCCGGGCUGGACAUCCGUUACGCCCUCAUCGGGGACGGGUUCCCCUUGGGGUUCGACCCGUCGACAAACCAAGAGCAGUUCAUCCACGGGUUGUUCCACGUCUUCUCCGCUCACGUCGACGACUUCCUCGGUCGCCUCCGGUGGCGUUCCGACGUGGACCCACCGGUGUCGUGCCUCUUGACUGACUCUUUCUUCGUGUGGCCGUCAAUGGUGGCCGAAAAACACGGCCUCCUUAACGUGUCCUUUUGGACCCAAUCGGCUUUGGUUUUCGCCAUAGAUUUGCCUUCUCCCCUUCAAAACUCUGAGGGGCCAUGGAAUGUGGUUGACACAUACGUAUUGAAAUCACUCGAAGAUGCGGUCAAAGCCGACAUUAUCGUCUCCAACACUGCGUUUGAGCUUGAGUCCUCCACAAUCACUGCACUGCAACAAGAUAUGUCAUUCUAUGCGAUCGGCCCGGUUUCCCGGAACAGCUUUCCGAAGGCUGCCACUGUUCCGACUAGCUUUCGUCCGGAGUCGGCCGAUUUCCGCCCCUGGCUCGACGCCAGGCCGGAAAACUCGGUCCUCUACGUCUCCUUCGGGAGUCUUAUAAAUGUUGACAAACACGUGAUUCACGAGAUUGCCCGCGGGCUAGCCCUGAGCGGGGAGAGUUUUCUUUGGGCGAUCCGCGGGGACAUCACGGGUUCAUCUGCGGACGAACCCGAUCUUUUCCCAGCGGGAUUCGACGGCGAGAUUGAAGGAAGAGGACUAGUUGUGCCGUGGAGACUCGUGAUCGAGGAUUGGAAAGUCGGGAUCAACCUUUGUGAUGGAGAAACGGUGGAGAGGGAAGAAGUUCGAGAGAAAACGAACCGCCUCAUGAGCAGGGGGGCGACAAGGGAAGGAUUGGGAGAGAAGAUCAAAACAACACAGGAGAAACUGCAGAGGGCUGUGUGUGCAAAUGGGUCUUCAGAGAAGCAUUUGGAGGCAUUCAUGCAUGAGGUCAAGCUCAAGACUCAGCAGAAACUCAACUUCACUGAAAAGUAGCUGUCUUCUAGGACGUGUUUGGUUGGAGGUCACAUAAAAAAGAGAAUUAGAAUGGAAGCCAUUCAAGCACAUCCAUUCAGAUUUUUAUAGCCUUAAAACCAAACACGCCCUUAAACUUACCAAGCACCCUCAGUAUGGUGUGUAGUAUCACUGGACAAUAGUUCAUUGACACCAAUAAAUUUGACACCACCGA